AUGGCCCUCAUAUCAUCCACCACAAUCAUAACCUCCAUCUCCCUCUUCCACCUCACCCUCGCCUACUUCUUCCUCUUCCGCCCCAAGACCGUCGACGACCAGGCCCUCGUCUUUGUCCUAGGCGAAAGCAUGAACAUUCCCGCCGUCCGAGGCUUCGACGCCCCGAGCCCCGCCCUCGCCCUCCUGGCCGUCGUCCUCGGCUUUUCCGGCAUAAGCGACCUCGUCUCUCUCUCCAUGCCCGAGGAGUUCAGCGCUUUAUACUACUGGGGCACUCAAGCCCCCCUCCGCUUCUUCCUCUCCAUGGUCCUCGUCGCAUACUCCUACUGCUUCGGCUCGAAAUCACCCAUCUUCUCUUCUUCUUCUUCUUCCUCUUCUUCCUCGACAUCAGCACGACGUCCCGGGGGGGCUCCUUUCAUGAAGCACUCUGCUUCUUCUGGUGCGGAGCAUUUACACAACAGAUUGCUCUUCUCAUUCAUGUUCAUCGAAAUGAUGGCCUGGUUCUGGACGUGGAUUACUCUCCGGGAAGAGCGUUCGGCCAUUGUCGAGAGGAUGAGGAAGCAGCAUGAGCGGGAGGCUCACAGCCAUUAA